AUACGUGGAGGAGAAAUGGAGCAUUCCCCAGACGAGCGAGACAUGCGAGCAGAUACAGGAACUGCACAUGUACAAGAUGGAGGAGACAUCGCGGCUCGACCGGACAACGUACACGACCCACUGCCCGUAGCAACCGACGAACAGAUAGGUGGAGGACAGAUGGAGCCGAUAUUUGCCGUCCCGGAUUUGAACGAUGGAGGAGCCAUGGAGCCCUCACAUGCUGGCCCGAGCAACGAUGCCGACUUACAGGGUUGCGAUGUUACGGAUGGUGAUGGCGAUCUCGCUGAAGUCCCUGUUCCCGCCAGUGUAGCCGAACCAGGACACGGAGUUCAUACGACGAGUCGGUGCUCGGCACGGGUGCGACGUCUAGCUCCUGCGGCCAGGACUCCAUAUACGAGGGCGGCGAAGCGAACGAAGAAGUAAAAGGGAUGUGAACUGUGGGGACAGCACGACGGUGGGUUGUAGUUGGUAAUACCCUGUCAGCGAUUUGGUGAAGGUGGUGACGGAUGUUAACAUGUUGGAUAAAUAACUUUUGUUUGAAUUCGUUUUACAUUACAUUUUCA